AUGCUCAGGAGGAAGGUCUUGGAAUCAUUUACACAACGCCUACUUAAGGCUGGAGCCCUAAUUCAUAAAGAUAUAGCAACUUUAACCAAAUACCAAAUUGUUCUGUCACGGGAACAGUUUAGAAAAAAUCCUCCAACAAACAUUAUGGGAGCUCAACGAGGUAUGGUGGAAGGAGAUUAUGCUGUUUGCAUUAGUCUUUAUCACGGAUAUGAACUUCUGUUACAAAUGGGAAUGCGAUCAUUAUACAGCUAUUUGGAAGGCAUUAUGGAUGGAUCCAAAGGAAUGACACGAGUGCGGAGUGAGCUGUGCAAAAAUACUGACUUCAGGGAGUUGUAUGAGCAGCUGAAAGCUAUGUUUUCAAAUGGAAGCAGCCUUUUUCAUUCACAAAUUGGGUCUGAAAACAGAAAACAAUUCAUCUACAGUCACCCCAAACUACAAAAGCUUGAAGAGGUUGUCGUGGCACACUUCAAGACUUGGGCCGAAUCUGGAGGUCCAAAAAUAUCUGAAGGAAAGAAUAGUGGUGUAAAUACUCGUGUUAUGAUCUUCUCCUCAUUUCGGGAUAGUGUUCAAGAGAUUGCUGAGAUGCUCAGCAGACAUGACCCUCUGGUGCGAGUCAUGACAUUUGUUGGGCACUCUUCAGGAAAGAACACAAAAGGAUUUACGCAGAAGGAACAACUUGAGGAACGUGAGAGUGGUGCAAUCAAUGAGCUUUCUCUGUCAGAAUGGAGUCUUUGGCAAAAUCGUCCAUUUGCUACCUAUUUGAUUGAUCACUCUGAUCGCUGCCUGCACUUCAUAAGCAUCAUGGACAUGAUCGAUUUGAUGAGACAAGAAGAGAACAGUGACAAUUAUUCAUCAGAUAUCAUGCAGUAUUUAAAUGUGGAUGAUAUUUUUGAAGCACCUUGCAUGCAGCAAUGUCAAGUUGGAGAUACUUCUGUGGCAAAUAAUCAGGAUAAACAUAAAAUGCAUCAAUUAAUGAAACCUAGAUGUGACAGAAGGAAAUGUGUUGAGAAGAAUAACAUUUUUUGCAAGUUAACAAAUAAAGCUAAUGUAUGCACUCUUUCUAAGAUGAAUAAAAGGACAAAAGUCCGGUGUUCACCAUCUUGUCCUAGAACUGCAAACUCUGCAGAAACCAAAGAAGCUGCAUUUACCAUUAAGGGAAAUACUUCAAAAUCAAGCGAACAGAUCUGUCAGUCGGAGGAAAAAUUUAAAGAGGACUUAAAUGGUGAAAUACAGAAAGCAACUAAGUUUAGUGGGGCAGACACAACAGAAAUCUUGGAGAGUCCCAUGAAAAUCUGUAUAAAUGUAGAUUCUGCUGGAAGCAAAUCAAUAAGUUCUGAAUACAAAAUUGUUGAUGCAAAGGAGAAAGAACAAACUGAGUGUCACGAUUAUGAACCAGUAAAAGAUUACAUGGUAAAGGAAGUAGUGGCUGGAACACAUGAUCUGGUUUCCAAAUGCAAUGUUUCAAACUGUGUCAGUUCAGACUCCAGUAGCUUAAUUAAUGAAAUGUCAACAAAUGGUAUCAAUCUGUCUAAACUAUUCUAUCUACCGGAUGCGCCCAUAGCUCGGGGCCACGGUUCAGGGCGCACAUCUUCAAAUACAGAUUCUCAAAGGUAUUCUUUCUUACCAGAUGUUGAACAUCCUAAUUACGAUUAUGAUGUGCAAGUUCCUACUGGUGUAGAAAUAGUUUUGGAAAGAGUAAAAUCAUUUCUUGCUACCUCUCCCCCUAGACUAGACAUGCUUUCUUUUUGCAAAGAAGUGAAUUAUGAAGAAAAUAAUAUUUCAAAAAUCCCACCAAAAAAUUCUUUAAAUUCUGGCCAAGGAGGCAAUCAAGUUUUCAGUGGUUCACCAGCAACUAAUAUUAAACCAACAGAUUUAAUGACUUGUAGAGAGCCUGAGGAUUUGAAUGAUCGUGUUGACAUGCAUUGCAGUCCUUCCUGGGAUGAUUUAUUCGACAGUAAUAUUGAAGAACACUUGGAUCAAGAUUAUCAAGCUCAAUCUGGUGUAAACCAAGAAGAAUUACCUGAUCCUUUGCACAAGUAUCGUAACUCCCCUGAUAAAAACAAAAACAGAACCAGUAAAAUCUUCAAGGACUGUACAAAUGACAAGCUAUUUGCAUUUGAGGAAAGCUUGCCUUUGUUUGAAGAUGAACCAUCAUUUGGCAGCCUUUUGUCCCAUCAUGCUGCCAGCUACAAAAAUUGUGCGAUCGGAAAGGAUGUCUCUGAACUGAUAAGGCAUUCUACUGGGUUGAACACACCACUGCUACAUGCCCAAGCAGUUCCUAAUAAUUUAAGAAACCAUGAAACUGAACACAACACAACUUGCAGGCCAUUUUUGCAUCAAUCAUUUCAUAAACAAAUGCUUUGUGAAAAUUUGUGCAUUGAACAGCAUAGAUCAAUGAUUGAUAACAGCAAUGUGUACAAUUGUUCAGAGGAAAUCUUUUCUGUCAACUUUGAUCUGGGCUUUUCAUUUGAAGACUUAAAUGAAAAUAGUGAUAUUUCAGUAACCAAUACAGUUUACAACAAAACGACUGAAUUGUCAGAACAUCCUGCAGGCAAAUCAUCUUCUGAUAACACAGAUAUAAUAAAGACAGAACUAGUUGAAUGUAUCCCUGAGGUUCAGAAAAACCACAACAGCAAGAUUAUUUCAAAAUUAUUUGAAGCAGGGACGAAAGUAAUGAGAGAUUGUUCAACACCAGAGUCUGGAAAGCAUACAUCCUUAACACCAAGCAAAAUAGAAACCUUGCAUCUUAACAACAUUUGUUGGGCAACACCAGAUUCAGCUCUGUUCUCUCCAAAAUAUCAGUCUGAUCUUCCGGUACCCUCAGUCUUUUCUCCAGCUGUUGCAUCUUUUACAACACCAGAAAAAAGGGGUUCGUCACUCAAACUCUGUGAUAUGACUUGCAGCAACCCACUGUUUAAAAAUGAUCUAGUAAUUAGCCAGCACCCUGCACUAAAUGUCACAGAGGUUUUAGUUGAUAAAGGAUCUUUGAAAGAAUCAGCAGCCUCAUCUAACACUUGCGCUGCAAUCCACAGCGCACCGAGAAGUGAAAAGCAUGAAAAGGAGUCUCUUACAAAUAAAAAGAAUAUUUUUUGCAAAAUUCUUGAAGCAUCUUUUAAUGGUGGGUGCAACAGUGAGAGUGAAGAUGAAGUUAUCAGAAAGCCUCGUAAAAGAAUGAAACUUGGUGUUCUGGAAUCACCUGAGGUGACUGGUACCAAUGAGCUCAAUGCUCCUGUUUUACCCAACUGGAAAGCCAGGAAAAUGCUUAAUUUAGGCUUCACAGACUUUGAGGAUGAUGAUUUUAAAGAAACUUCAAACAAGAAUAAGAACAAUGCCAAGUUGUCUAGAAAUAUUCAUCAAUCCCGGAGGGAGCAUGUUGCUCGACAGUUUCUUGAUGAAGAGGCUGAGCUUUCCUCAGAUGGAGCCGAAUAUGUGUCCUCUGAUGAAGAUGAUUAUGACAACGUCAACGAUGAUUCUUUGAAAGGUUUCAUCAAUGAUGAAUCUCAGCUUUCGCAAGUUAUAAGUGAUGGUGACAUGCAAGAAAUUUACCUGAAGUCUGUACGUAGUCCUAAUAUCUACAGUAAGAAAAAGAUGGUCUUCAGUAAAAAUGAAAUGACCAUAUUUUCACAGAUUCCUGAACAGGAUGAGACCUACAUAGAAGACAGCUUUUGUGUUCAUGAGGAAGGUGAAGCAGAUAAUCAAACUGAAUUAAGUGGUGAUGAAAUUGUGAAUUUUGAUCUCUUGAAUGAUACUCCCAUUGGAAAAAACAAACCAUAUGCAACUCGGAGCAGAACAAGAACAAAAAUUGUUGAAAUAGAAAGUAGUAAAGGUGCCUUGACCAGAAAGAGGAAAGGCAGCCGGAUAAUUUUGUUGAAUGAUUCCAGUGAAGAUGAACAAGAUGUGAACGUAAACCAUAAAUUGCCAAGAGAAAAUUUAGUACAAAACAACAAAAGUAAACAAACUGUAGAAGAACAAAAUACGUCAUGUUAUCCAAACCCGAUCUUAAUAGGCGACUGUUUUAGGGAGUGUUCGUUAAAAAUGACUGUACAACAACCAGCAUGUGUUGAUGGGGGUAAACCUUCAGAUCCUUGCUCAGGGAAUAGAUGUCAUGCCACGCGCUUGAAUCUCCAGGCUUCGGUAUCUGAAGCAUUAGACUUUCAAAUAGAGCAAAAACAUUCAAGAAGGUGUAGUUCAACUACUGCCUCAGAUUUUACAUUGAACUCGAUGCAACACAAAGGACAAGAUAAAUGCCAUGUGAGCAGACUUCAUUCCAUUAACUCUAUUGAAGCUGCCACAUUUUCAAGAUCAAGUGAAAAUCCAUGUAAAGACAUUCUGGUCAGCAAUCAACAGGCUGUAUGUCAUGGAACAGUUCCACUGAAGGUUCUUGUGGACAGUCGCGAAAUCUCCUCUGGGCCAAACCUGGUCUCCUGUUUACGCGUUAAACACGGCAUAAAGGUUGAGAUUUGUAGUCUCGGUGGAUGUGAUUAUAUAGUGAGCAACCGGAUGGCAGUAGAGAGGAAAUCCUUAUCGGAGUUUGCUAAUAGCGUAAAUCGAAGUAAGCUUGUAGACCGGAUUCAGCAUCUUCAGGCCACGUUUGAACGUGUGUGUAUCAUUGUGGAGAAAGAUGGAACAAAGCCAGGAGAUAUAGCUAGGAUAUUCCAGAGAACCAGAUACUAUGAUGGGUUGCUAACAUCUCUGACUGUUGCUGGAAUCAAAAUCUUGUUCAGCUGUAGUCAGGAGGAAACAGCUGGUCUGAUUGCUGAACUUGCCCACGUUGAAGAAAGGAAGAAUGCAGCUAUUACUGUCCCAGUGGAGGUUCAUGGUCAUUGGCAACAAGUUUUACAGUUCUACCUCAGCAUUCCUAACAUCAGUUAUGUAACAGCUUUAAAUCUCUGUCAUCGGUUCAGCUCUGUGAAAGAAGUAGCCAACAGUUCAGUGGAUGAAUUAGCAUCUCGAGGAAAGGUUAGUCACCGCCGAGCUGAAGAAAUCUAUCGAUACCUUCACUAUGUGUUUGAUCGACAGAUGGUACCUGAUCAUCUAGGACUGCAUAACCGUAAACAAAAUGUAUAG